AUGCAGUUAUACUGCUUCUAUUAUCAAACAACUGUUACACCUCUCUGGGACCUCUGGGACGAGGCGUCUGUUGUUACACCUCUCUGGGACCUCUGGGACGAGGCGUCUGUUACACCUCUCUGGGACCUCUGGGACGAGGCGUCUGUUACACCUCUCUAGGACCUCUGGGACGAGGCGUCUGUUACACCUCUCUAGGACCUCUGGGACGAGGCGUCUAUUGUAACACGUCUCUGGGACCUCUGGGACGAGGCGUCUGUUGUUACACCUCUAGGACCUCUGGGACGAGGCGUCUGUUACACCUCUCUAGGACCUCUGGGACGAGGCGUCUGUUACACCUCUCUAGGACCUCUGGGACGAGGCGUCUGUUGUUACACCUCUCUGGGACCUCUGGGACGAGGCGUCUGUUGUUACACCUCUCUGGGACCUCUGGGACGAGGCGUCUGUUGUAACACAGAAUCACUGAUAUCAACAUCGCCUCGCUUCCCAAAUAACUACUCGUGAUGUCAUCAAGAUGAGCGAUUCUGCUCCUCGCCUUGCUCCAACAUGCUGCCUUGUCUGCAGACUCAGGGCACCGUGACGGCAGUGCAGCUGCAGACCGAGGCAGCCGUAGUGACGCCCUCUGGCCAGCAGGUGCAGACACUCCAGGUCCAGGGCCAGCCCCUGAUGGUGCAGGUGAGCGGAGGACAGCUGAUCACGUCGUCAGGGCAACCCAUCAUGGUGCAGGCUAUGGGGGGGGGGCAGGGACAGACCAUCAUGCAGGUGCCAGUGUCUGGAGGACAGGGACUGCAACAGAUCCAGCUACAGGGUGGACAGCAGAUCCAGCUGCAGAACGGUCAGACGAUCCAUCUAGGGGGACAGCAGAUCCAGCUGCAGAACGGCCAGACGUUACAGCUAGGGGGACAGCAGGGUCAGCCCCAACAGAUCAUUAUCCAACAGCCACAACAAGCCAUCACAGCCGGACAGAACCAGGGUCAGCAGAUCCAGCUACAGCAGGGCCAGCAGGUGGGGCAGACAGCCGACGGACAGACCAUCGUCUACCAGCCGAUCAACGCAGACGGCACUAUCCUGCAACAGGGAGGCUUUUUCUCCCCAGGAAUGAUCACCAUCCCAGCAGGCAGCCUGGCGGGAGCCCAGAUGGUACAGGCAGGGGGGGCCAACACCACCACCACCAACAGUGGACAGCAGGGCACUGUGACCGUCACCCUGCCAGUCUCAGGCAACAUGAUGAACACCGGUGGCAUGGUCAUGAUGAUGCCUAGUGGGGGUGCGGUGCCUGCUAUGCAGCGUAUCCCUCUACCCGGGGCUGAGAUGUUAGAGGAGGAACCGCUGUACGUCAACGCUAAACAGUACCAUCGCAUCCUGAAGAGAAGACAGGCCCGCGCCAAGCUGGAGGCAGAGGGCAAGAUCCCCAAGGAGAGAAGGAAAUACCUGCACGAGUCCCGUCACCGUCACGCCAUGCAGCGCAAGAGGGGAGACGGAGGACGCUUCUUCUCUCCCAAGGAGAGGGAGGAGAUGGCUCUGGCCCUGGCCCAGCAACAGGCAGAGCUGGCCACCCAGGCAGGAGAAGACGGCGUAGCCCAGAUGGUCCGAGUCUCUUAGUACCUAAACCCACACCCACACAAGGCUCGGUCCAUGACACCCCUCCGUCAGCCAUUAGAGAGGCCAUCUGAGACCCCCCCUACCCAGCUAGCCAGCACCCAGCUACACCUCUCAUCUACUAAUAAUAAUAAUAAUAAUAAUUGAUUGGAUUGAUAUAGCACUUCUCCAGACACUCAAAGUGCUUUACAAUGAAAGGAGGAAACUCAUCCAAGACCUCGCCUACCACAGAUAUGUAGCUCCUAUCCGGAUGAUGCCAUGGCAGCCAUUUUGCCCCCAUAAAGAAAGCAUAAACCUGUAUUCUCCCACCACCUCUUGCCCCCUAUACUCAACUAUAUGAUAUCCCUAUGACUGGGGUCCUACAUGAUGGGUCACUAUGAAUGAACUUUAACCCUUGACCUCCCAACUCCCUGGUCUUCGGACAUACAGCAAGUAAGACGUGAAAGUGGAGUUUUACUGGGACUGUAGUGCUCUGUCCUGGAAACCAAGACAACUAUGAGCUGUUUUACCUUCAUAAUACCCUGGUCAAUGACUUCAUGUUUGCUGAAGAAGUCAUUAACUGAUGGUCGUUAGUUGCAGAAUACAUUUUGUUCGGUCAUAAAGCAGCCCAUUCUUUGGUGUGUUUCACAAAUGCAACAAUAGUUUACAAAUUCAGCUGUAAAAGAGUCAAAAAUUAUGGUACACUUAUUUUUUUCCCCUGUAUGUAUCUUUUGUUGAAACAUGCAACACCAUAGAAGGCCAGCCUUGGUCCAUAAGGAUUGUCAAAUAUUGUCUCCAAUAUGAAAAUGGAUAUUAGUUAGAACGUUUUUGUAAGCACUUCUCAGCAGGGUCCAAUUUCAAUUUUUUCUCAUAGAGAAGUAUAGAGGAAAAUUGGAAUUUCAGUUUUCUUCUUGAAUUGAAAUGGAAUUGACCCCCAGUUCUGCUUUUCAGAAGUGUUUUCAAUAUCCAGUACUCAGUUGUUGUCUGUACAGGGAAUGUAUUUUAUACAACCUUUUUCAAUGUAGCGAAAUAGACGACACAUUUAUGUUGCCGCGACGUCUGAGUGACCCAUGUACUUUGUCUGUUUUACUUUAGGACGUCUUUUUUAUGUGAAGAGUACGUUUUAUAUUCUUCUGAAGCAGUCCUCCAAUACAAUUUUUUUUUUUUUUUUUUGUGGUUGACAACAUUGUGUGACUGAGCUCAUCUGUUCAUUAAAUUGUUCUAGUUCUGUA